AUUCGCUUCUCAUUGCAGAUGGGUCCCGAUUCUGUUCUGAAAUACAGCCCUGAACCACGGCCCUUGGAAGCGGAGACUACAGAAACCGGUGAAACUGAAGGUGCGGGCGGCCAGGAGGGGCCGCUUGCAGAGACGGAGGAGCACAACCAUGAUAUCCUCAGUAUGGAGGCACAGGGAAUCAUGGCGUUUGACCGGACGGCGGACGGGACUGGCCAUGUAGGUGUUACUCUCAUUGCGGGGAUGAUGGAUGAAAAGCUAACUGGGUGAUUAAAUGUAGACUAUGUGGAUGUUGCGACCGUUCACCGAACCACGAGAAGUCACCAUUGACCUCCCUCCUCUGUUAGUUGAGUCUCUAGGUGUCGGAGCGGAAGUGUUAGCGAAUUACUUGACGACUUUAGCAGAAGCUGCUGCCACCGAACCCGACCCCUCUAAGCAUCCGGCCCCGAACCCGGUAUUGUGCCGAAUCUGCGAGCGUCAAAUCACACCCUGGUGGUUCGAGAAACAUUCGGAUCUUUGUCUACAAGAACACCGGGCUGAAAUGGAUGUUCAGAUUGCCCAGGAAAACCUUAAUGAGCACCGCCAUGCGAUCGUAAAGGUGCUGGACGCUCUUGAGGUUAGGCAAGGUAGACCCUUGGUGUUAGGCGAAACCAACCCGCCCUUACCCCAGCCAGAGUACAAAGGACAGCCCAUUGGACCGUCCGUUGUUGUAUCGGCACCAUCGUCGGGCUCUGUUUCUAAUUCCAGCUCUGCCCCCGCCACUCCACCUAGGUCUAGAGACCACUCAGUCUCGGGCGUGGGACAUUCCCGUGGUCGCUCGUUCGCUGUCCGACGGCCAUUGUCUCGCGUUGUCGAACUGAUUCUGGAUCUCUGCGAUACGGCUUUGGAGAUCAACAUGCCGGUACUAAAGGAGACCCGCGUAGACAUAAGCGACGACUUUCGAACCCUGUCCCCACAAUCAGAAUCCCGAAUCUCCCAGGUUCUUCAGUGGCAGUCACCGAGUACCAAUACCCUAGAACAAGAGCAAGGCUUGGCUGCUUUGUGCAUGGAUACAGAGCAAGUGGCGAAGGCAAAAGUGGACGCCACUAUUCGCUACCGCAGGAUUGUCGAGUACGCUGAGCGAAUUCGCAUCGAAUAUACUGUGUUGGUGGAAGAAUGUAUUACUGCAGCCCUCAGCAAGGCCGAGCGUAUCGCAGCCGGCCAGCUAAGCGACACUAGCUCAUCCGAGGAUGAGGCUACGCAGGACAUCCUUGAUGAUACUACCGACCCUGGCCCUGUAUCGAGCCAGAGCCAGCCUCGAGAGUCCAUAUCGUUACCUCGUCCCAUGUCUGCUUUGACCAUGUCCAUGCGGAACUCUCCUGAUCGACAUCAGUCUCCCCAUUCCUCUGAAGGAAAAUCCUCAUCGGUUGCCGUAUCUACUGGGUCAAACAGCCCAAUGGAAUGUCCCACUCCGCGUUCUCACAAGAGCGUUGCCGGCGUGCUGGGUACGUCUCAGCCCUCUCGCCGCGGUCUCGCAUCGGCAGAUUUCGAUGCUGGAGAGAUAAGUGAUAGCAGCGUCCUCUCAUCUGCCUUCCCUGGCGCCAUACGAACGGACUCUCCAUGUUCCGAUCGCAGCUUAGACAGAAAGCGCAGGAGUCUAGUACUUCCUGGGCUAUCGAGCUCCCCUCGCCGGGGACAUUCGCCCGCUCGAAUUUCUGGGCCCCAUUCCCCGUUGCGAAUGCCCAAACCUCGCCUUUCUAGUGGUGCCGAAAGCUUGCCGUCUCCCAUCGUUUCUCCAUCGACGAACGCCGGGGAAAUAGCUCAUCAUCACUUCCGCCAUCAUCGUCGCCAAUCCUCGGCAACUUCAUCCGACGCUCCCCGGCCACCCGUGUCGCCACACCUAACAUCAGCUAGCCAGCCGCAACCCCGACCAGCACCGCCAUCCAUCAAAGAUUUCGAGGUGAUCAAGCCUAUCAGCAAAGGUGCCUUCGGUAGCGUAUAUUUGUCGAAAAAGAAGACCACUGGGGAAUAUUUCGCUAUUAAGGUAUUGAAGAAGGCGGAUAUGGUUGCCAAGAAUCAGGUCACCAAUGUCAAAGCGGAACGGGCUAUUAUGAUGUGGCAGGGAGAAAGUGACUUCGUUGCCAAAUUAUACUGGACGUUUUCCAGCAAAGAUUAUCUCUAUCUGGUAAUGGAAUACCUCAAUGGGGGUGAUUGUGCAUCUCUUGUUAAGAUCUUAGCUGGACUCCCUGAGGAUUGGGCUAAAAAGUAUAUCGCAGAAGUAGUUCUCGGGGUAGAACAUCUUCAUAGCAGAGGUAUCGUCCAUCGAGAUCUGAAACCAGAUAAUCUGCUCAUUGAUCAAACGGGUCAUCUUAAGUUGACGGAUUUCGGAUUGUCCCGGAUGGGCCUCGUCGGGCGUCAGAAACGGGUUUUGAAGAGUAUGAACAAUGAACCAGCUCCUGAUCUUCUGAAACAGGGACCUUUCCCUCGCGCUACAUCCAUCACCUCCUCUCGGUCAGCCUCGUUUGAUUUUCAGGGUAGCGGCUCACCAGGGUCUACGCCAUUGAUGACCCCCGAUGUUGCUGGCAGCAUUCCCCAACCAUCUUAUUUCAACCUCAAUCAGAGCGGACUGAGCCGACAGACUUCUCGCCGGGCGUCGGGAUAUCGCAGCGAUAGUGUUGGUAGCGAAGGGCUGAAUUCAGUGUUCCGGACCCUAUCCCUCAAUGACUCAAAUGAAUCGCAGGGCUCAUUACCUGUUCCCGUACCUGGCGCUAGUAGCUUGACCGAGGAAGAGGGUCAAAGUGAAGCGGGCGAAUCCCCUCGCCUAUUUCCACUCCAGUCAAUACCUAGUUCAGCUCCGCACGGAACUCCGCCGCAGCAAACUAUGAUGCCGCCAUUGAUGGCGCUCUUCGACCCUGAGGACCACAGCCGACGUUUUGUUGGUACUCCGGAUUAUCUGGCUCCUGAGACAAUCAACGGCGUAGGGCAGGAUGAGAUGAGUGACUGGUGGUCCUUGGGUUGUAUUAUGUUUGAAUUCCUCUUCGGCUAUCCUCCUUUCAAUGCGAAUACCCCGGACGAAGUGUUCGACAACAUUCUCCACCGAAGAAUUAACUGGCCGGGAGAAGCUGAGCUGUUGACUACUCCGGAGGCUAUCGAUCUAAUGAAUAAGUUAAUGACUCUGGAUCCUGCCCGGCGGAUUGGAGCCAACGCAGAAGAAAAGUUUCCGAAUGGGGGCGCAGAGAUCCGUAGCCAUCCUUGGUUCUCGGAUAUUAACUGGGACACCCUACUGGAAGACAAAGCUCAAUUUGUUCCAAACCUUGAGAAUCCUGAGGACACCGAGUAUUUUGAUGCCCGGGGAGCUACAUUGCAAGCCUUCUCUGAGGAACUAGAGGAUGGGGAUUCCCCUCGUCCUGUGACCACCGGAUCAUAUCAAGAUCGCCCCCACGACGCCCUUUUCAAGGUACGCUCGCAGAUCAAUUCAGCAAAGCGACCCUUGAUGCCGCUGCACAUACCGCCUCAUGUCCGCGAGUCGCGUAGCAGAAGGCUGAGUGAGCCUUCCUUGGAGGACGACUUUGGCAGCUUCUCCUUCAAGAACCUUCCUAUGCUUGAGAAGGCAAACAAAGAUGUGAUCCAGAAACUGCGCCAAGAGGCGAUGCAAGCACAGCAGCGCCAGUUUUCUCCCACAAACCCCCAGCAACCUUCACAAGCAAAGGACCAAGGGCAAGCGCAGAGCCAGAACCAGGGACAAGGCCCGGCGCCGCCUUCAUCUGGUCCUUCACUGGAAGGAAGUCCUUUGCCAAUGCCGUUGCAGCGAACCAUGUCGCAAACCAAAGGAAACAAUCGGCCCUCAUCACCGUCAAGUCAAGCAAACUCUUCUCCCAGUCGUCCAUCUCAGCCCUCAUCCCCAUUGCUUGUUCAAUUCAGCACUGGUCAUCAUAACCAUGAGCGUAGAAAGACAUCUGGAUCUUCUUCAGCUAACUCCCACCACUCCAGUGCCUCUGGUCAACCUGCUAGUUCUGACCAAAGUCGUAUGGCAAGCCUAAAAAUCAGUUCAACCGCAUCUUCUCCAGCGAAAACAAGCCGACCCAUAGCCCAUUCACCUGAUAAGACACCCUCGGGCCCGUCUCGUCAUGGUAGUGCGCCCACGAGAGCCAGAUCGCAGACAAUUGGGUCCCAGGAUGGUGAUUUAUCUUCGUCCCUUGCCAAAGAAUCAUAUGUUGCUGGCCAUUACAAGCGACGCAGCCAAUUGUUCAACGAUAUCUCACCAUCCUCAUCCGACAAUGAGGACCCACGCACAAAGCAAUUGCUCAAAUACCAACGACAACGUCAAAGCUCUAGACGCCUUUCCCAGAUCAACAUGCCUGACGGUCCUUUCUUUCGACCACUGGACGUGCUUAUCUGUGAGGAUCAUCCGGUUUCCAGGAUGGUGAUGGAACGCCUAUUUGAGAAGCUCCGUUGCCGUACAAUCACUGCCGUGAACGGCGCAGAGGCUGCUCGCUACGCCCUCAGUGAAGUGCAAUUUGAUAUUAUUAUGACGGAGUUCAAGUUGCCACAGGUAAAUGGAGCCGAUGUUGCGCGUAUGGUUCGAGAGACACGAAGUACAAAUCGCCAUACCCCUAUCAUUGCGGUCACGGGUUACUUGAAAGACUUACCAGAGACCCACCACUUUGACGCGCUGAUCGAGAAGCCUCCCACCUUGACCAAGCUUACCCAAGCAUUGUGCAAAUUCUGCCAAUGGAAACCCCCUCCAAAUGAUUUCAACCUCUCACACCCGUUAGCUGUGCCGUCUGCAACGCCGCGUCAGAUGCCUGUUCCUACCGAACAGAGUCCAAGUUCAACUACAUCGUCUAGCUUUGUACCGGUACCCGGGAGCUCGUAUCAAGGGUCUAGCCGUGCAGACUCCAUCGGCAGUAGCUACUUCGGUGAUUUGGAAUCUGUCAAGGCCGAGGAUGCCUCUGUGGUCGUCAGCCGUAAGAAUGAUGAAUGGGGUCCGAGUCAAGGCGGGCUAGGUAUAUCUGGGGAUGCCGCUGCAAGUCAAGGAGAUUCAACCCAAGGAGUCACUGAUCCUAAUACUCGAAUCCGCUCAGAAGCUGCGCCUCUACCGCAUCUGCUUCAUGCUGUCUCCGCCCCAGCUGCCAUGGAUGUGUCCGGUACGCUUACCCCUCGAAAGCAACGCUCUAGUGAAGCGAUUCGGGCAAAGAGAGAGUCAUUGGAAAAGAAACGUUAUGAAUGCGCGGAAUCUGGAGAUGACGAAGACGAAGAACUUGGGCGUUCCCAUUCACGCACACAAAGCCCAAGAAAUCGUUCAACCCGCCCAGGCUCUAAGUUGGGUAUAGAGAUGAUGAGAACCAACAGCAGAGGCAGUGUGGUCAGUGGCAGUGAAGAGUUGCUCAAAAAGGAGAGAGAAUCGCUGGAUAGAAGAAGGAGCGGAGGCUCCGAGAGCAUCACUGAGGAGCGAGCGGAAUCCCCAAGCACCUUAGGCAUAGAGGACAAAUUUGAGGGGCUUCAAUUUUCCAGAGACGUUAUUGCGCGGUCGGUCGAUGAGAACUAUAGCCCUAAGCAGUCUCCCACACUUUCCGCAUCAAAUAUCAGCCGUGGUUUCUCGACGGUGCCACAUCUAGGGUCCUCGUUUGCCCAUAGGGAUAGUGAGACAGGCGUUGUGAAUAGUCCAGAAACUAGCACGGAGACGCUCAAGAAGGGCCACAUAACUCCUCCCAUUGUGUUCACGCAAGAAGAUGGCGACGAGGCCAUGCUAGUUGACCCAAACACACCAUUCGUCAAAAUGCUCAGCACUGACGAUGAUACGGAUACAAUACCAGAUUCCGAAGCUACUCCGCGGCCAAUACAUACCCCUUCCCUCGACCCAGACCCAGAGGUUACCCCUCGCCAAGGACCAAAAUAGAGAGCGUUUACACUCUGGUUGAUAAGAUAGACCGUUUGCCUUGGGUGAUAGAUAUUGCUCACCUCAUUCAGGAUGGAGCUGCAUUGUUUUGUUGCUCACCAGAGAUAUCCCAUCUCGUCUCCUGUUCAUUCAUAGCUUACUUCCCUUUCUCUGUAUUUUUUUCUUCUUUCUUAUGAUCGGAUUUGUCUCAGUUGUCAAAGUACUCUCCAUUCUGUUUUCUUUUAAA